AAAGAAAGAUUAACAACCCUGCCUUGAAAAUUCCACUUAACACCGCAGCGGAGGAACGCACACCAACGAGGAUUUUUAGAGAAGAGUAAAGAUUAAGUGUGUAAAUGCUAAUAUUUUCAUUUGGAAAGACAAAUACAAGUGAAAGAGAACAGUAUUAAAAAACUCUAUUCAAGGAAAUUGGAUUUAUUGACGUAAGAAGGAUUGCAUCGUUUGGAAGAUAUCAAAAUGGUUUAUAAAUCCAAACGAGUGUCAACUGACGUAUGUCGGAUUCUAAUUCUCACAAGCAUUGUGGUGCCUUUACUAGGUGACAAAAUCUUGCUUGUGCCCUUUCCUUGGCCAAGCCACUAUAAACUAUUGGAGACAAUUGGAGAAGAAUUAAAAAAGAGAAAUCACGAUGUCGUUAUGGUCAUACCUUCAACGGAAACUUAUCGCAAUAACUCUCACCUGAAAACUGUUGACUACAAGGUGCCAAAAAUUGGAAACAACACCUUUGUCAGAAUUGCAGAGAAAAGACUGGAGACAGCGGCUGGAUUUGGCGUGAACUGGCUGGUGGAGUAUGUUACGCUUUUAGAAAAAAUUGGCCGUGCUUUGAUGGAGGAGAAUGCCGUUAUGAAGAUAGCUCAAGAAGCGGAUAUAAUCAUUUCCGAUACUGCUUUCCUGGUUGCCCCAAUUUUCGCCGAUUACCACAAACUGCCUUUGGUUUUUGUUUCCCCAUUCGGGCACCUGCCUGGCUGUAUGGCAGACACGUUUGGUAAUAUAGAGAACCCAGCAUUGGUACCAACAUUUGUAGCAACUGCCUUGUUCGAAGGAAUUGGACUGCCACAACGAAUGAACUUUCUACAACGCAGUUUCAAUUUCAUGUCGAACAUAAUCAGCAAAAUCUUGAGAGAUCUUAUAACCUUACCAAUACUGCGCCCGUUGACCAAGCGAUACUCGUCAAAGACGCUGCUACAGCUAUGGAGUGAGGUACCACUCGUGCUCAUUCCGAUGGAUUAUUCCCUGGAGUAUCCUCGCCCCGAUCUACCGCACGUUAAAAUGAUCGGGCCAUUGUCUCCAAAAGAAAAUUCAAGUCCAUUGCCGGAUCCAUUCAGAAAUAUAGUAAAGGAAGCUCAGAACGGAAUAAUCAUUGUUUCUUUUGGGAUAACGAACAAUCUCCAUUCUAGGGACACUUUGCGUAUAUUGGAAAGCUUGAUGGCUCUUAAAUACAGCAUUGUAUGGAAGUAUAACACGACAAAGGUUGAAAAUAUGAUACAUGAGUACGGUUCAAAGAAACAUCGUAUUCAGAAGAACAAAGCGUUUUGUGAAAACGGACUACAAGAAUGCAGAUCAUGUAAUAACGACUCGCAGCGAAGCAACAGAAACAUGAACUGUUCGAUAACCUGUACUUUGACGCCGUGUAAAUCCCCGUCCUUUCUCAAAGUUGGUGAUAAUGUUUACAUCUACGACUGGAUACCUCAGCAGCAUUUACUGCAACAUAAAAAGACAAAGUUGUUCGUUACUCACUGUGGUUUGAACAGCUUGUACGAAGCACUUUACCACAAUACACAAGUGCUAUGUGUGCCCCUUUUUGGAGAGCAGUUUGACAGUGCUGGUAGAGUUGUUAGUAGAAAUAUUGGAAAAGCGAUGAGGUUAAAGGAUCUCAACACAGAAACUUUGCAAGACGCCGUGUACGAUUUAACACACAAUCGUGUUUACAUUGAGAAUGUUAAGAAAAUUGCUCUUAGACUCCGGCGUUCGAAGGUAAGCCCAGCUGAAAAAGCCGCAUAUUGGAUCGAGUAUGUUCUGGCUGAAAAUGGGGAUAUGGGUUUCUUAAAGCCACCAGACAUUCCGUAUUACCAAUUUCUGCUACUGGACAUUAUCUUGUUUUGGGGCAUGGCCAUUGUACUUUCUGCUUGGCUCCUUUUCAAGAUACAGCAUGCAAGGUACAAAAAGCCAUUGAUGUAACAAGCCACUUGUUCAUAUGAACUUGAACUUUAUCUAUCUUAGGAAAGUAUGCAUUCAUAGAAAUAUUGUUUAUAAUUGGUAAUGUAUAUAACAUUUGCCUGGUACUAAAAUAAUUUCGGACAAAUCGAAGCUGGUUUGGUAUUGAAAAUAGUGACCCCUGACCCGCGUUUAAUGGACGUAUGGCCAAAUAAAACGCCGGCAUUCACUUUACAACAAUCAGGCAACUGAGUCUUAUUCUUCUUAAACAAUAUGUUUUUUUCUUGAAAUAUAAUCCCCCUCUCUGUAGCGCUUUCUUUAAGCUAAACAUAAAACGAAAUUAUGCCCAAACCUACUGUUCUGUACCCCUCUUUUGUUCUGUUUUGCAAAUAAACAAAAAGCAUAUUGCAUGGAGGAUUUCAAAUAUCGAUUUUAUCAAAUACUGAUUUCCGACCACAAUAGGUAAUGUAUAAAAAAGUGACGAAUACAUGAACCAUCGUUAUUAGAAUAUUUUAAGAAACACCCAUUCAAUUUGUUUAAAAUGUUGGUUUAGAUGAUCAAGAAUCUGGCAUUCUUAGAAAUUUUAUUUCGGUUAUUUGUAAAAUUACUUAAAACUACAUACACAACAAGUCAAAAGA